AUGAUGUUGAUAAAAUGAAAUGAAACUUGCCGCGGCAAUGGCGUGCGCUAUCUUUCUUUGCAACUUUCAGUACUUAUCACAUCAAUUGGACCACCACGAUUUUCAAAUAUUUUUUUUUGAUAUGUAUAACGUAUAAUAUGUGUAUUUUUGUCUAGAUCAAGAGCCCGUAGCACUUUUGCGGCCUUGAAACAUACAACACGUGUAUAGAAUGACAUCCACAACCCCCAGUGACCCAAACCAACCUCGCUCAACAUUAUCUCAAGACCUCCAAGCCGUGCUGGGCAUCACAGCCCAUGGCCUUCGCAACCCAGCCGAAGUAUGGACUGCAGUCGGGCCGACCAUGAACGAACUCACAUGGGGUCUGAUGGGAUACGGAUUUCGCCCAGAGCAAGAUAUUCCUGAUUUAUCUGGGAAGGUUAUUUUCAUUACUGGUGGAAACACUGGCCUUGGAAAGGAGACAAUCCUACAAUUAGCACGCCACAAUCCAGCGCGAAUCUAUCUCGCAGCUAGAAAUGUGCAGAAAGCAGAAAAUGCUAUUCGCUCUAUCAAAGCGGGAUUAUCUGCUGCCGGUAGUGCUGGUGAAGUGGAUAUACGAUUCAUUCAACUAGAUCUAACAUCAUUCCCAUCCAUAGAACGAGCUGCAGAAACAUUCAUCCGGGAUAAUACGCGCCUCGAUAUCCUGGUCUUGAAUGCGGGCAUCAUGGCUGAAGCAGCCAUCACAACUCCCCAGGGACACGAAAUUCAAUUCGGCACGAAUCAUAUUGGUCAUUUCUUGCUUACAAAGUUGCUACUCCCGGUUUUAUUGGAGACUGCUUCGCCAUCUUUCUCGCCCAAGAACGAAAAACGAGAUGUGCGCGUAAUAACCCUCUCAAGCCUCGCAAGUGCCCAUACACCACAUACCCCGGAAUUCAUGGACCUCAUCUCUACGCCUCGAAGAUUACUGGAUCUAACAACCUGGCAACGCUACGCAAUCAGUAAAGCGGCAAACAUCCUCUUUGCCGCUGAACUUGCUCGUCGCUAUCCUUCUCUAACCUCUGUUUCCGUUCAUCCCGGUGUUGUAGCAAGUGAUUUGUACAAUGGAACGGAAGCUACGAAUGCGCUUGCAGGAUCUAUACUGCCUUUGGGGAAGUUACUGCUCUUUCGGUCUGUGAGAUCGGGGACAUUGAAUCAGUUGUGGGCUGCGGCGGGGGGGAAGAAGGAGGAUUUGGUUAAUGGGGGGUAUUAUACGCCUGUGGGAAAUAGGAUUGAGGGGAAUAGGUUUGUAGUUGAUAAGGAAUUGGCGGGAAGGUUGUGGGAGUGGACGGAGAGGGAGGUUCAGAGAUUUGGAUUAUGA